AACUCUGGCUCUUCAAUGAGGAACCGGGGGGGAAAGCAAGCUCUUUCUCUCCCCAAACAAGUGACGGCACCUGUAAACACAGAGGAUUUUGCAGUUCUGCCCAGCCUGGCACUGGGGUUGUGGAGAAUAACCGUUCAGUGAGGACAAGUGUGUGGAUGAGAUUCCUGUCUCCUGUGCAGUGCGGGGCAGGUCCGGGCAAAGUAGGGGAUGUGGGGCAGCUGCAGCAGAAACGCGGAGGGGCGUCUGCAGGAGAAGCUUGGGGCAAACAGAGGCAGGAGUUUUCCUUGUUAACAAUGCAAGGGCAGAUGGAAGGACACAUCCAGCGGAAACGGUGGUAGAGGGAGACCUAGUCGUGCCCAAGAUGACUGUAAGGAAUUGCUCCACGAGAAGCGAUCCCAGUGGAAAUGUCACCCCUAGGAAGCUGCCAAGGCUCUCGUCGCCCGGCGGCUGCGGCGGCGACAGCAGCAAGAGUGGGGUCGUCCUGGACAUCGCGGCGCUGAGGAUGAACGAGCUGGAGUCCGAGGUGCUGCCCCUGCCGCCCCGCUACCGCUUCCGAGACCUGCUGCUGGGGGACCAGAGCUUCCAGAACGACGACAGGGUCCAAGUAGAGUUCUAUGUAAAUGAAAACACCUUUAAAGAGCGACUCAAGCUGUUCUUCAUCAAAAACCAAAGAUCAAGCCUGAGGAUACGGCUAUUCAACUUUUCUCUGAAGCUUCUCACCUGCCUUCUCUAUAUUGUACGUGUCCUGCUCGAUAACCCAGCAGAGGGGAUAGGAUGCUGGGGAUGCGAGAAGCAGAAUUACACGACCUUCAACCAGUCCACAGAUAUCAACUGGGCUCCCAUCUUAUGGGUGGACAGGAAAAUGCCACUCUGGGCCAUCCAGGUCAGCAUUGCUUUAAUCAGCUUUCUAGAGACCAUGCUACUCAUCUAUCUCAGCUACAAGGGAAACAUUUGGGAGCAGAUUUUUCGCAUUUCAUUCAUCCUGGAAAUGAUCAACACAGUGCCCUUUAUCAUCACAAUCUUCUGGGCUCCUUUGCGGAAUUUGUUUAUUCCGGUUUUUCUGAACUGCUGGCUGGCCAAGUACGCCUUGGAAAACAUGAUAAAUGACUUGCAUCGUGCCAUACAGAGAACGCAGUCUGCCAUGUUCAAUCAGGUGCUGAUUCUCAUCUGUACCCUGCUGUGUCUUCUUUUCACGGGAACCUGCGGCAUCCAGCAUCUAGAAAGAGCGGGCGAAAACCUCUCCCUCUUCAAGUCCUUUUAUUUCUGCAUUGUGACCUUCUCCACAGUGGGCUACGGGGACGUGACCCCAAAGAUUUGGCCCUCGCAGCUCCUGGUGGUUAUCAUGAUUUGCGUAGCCCUGGUGGUGCUGCCUCUCCAGUUUGAGGAGCUUGUGUACUUAUGGAUGGAGCGCCAGAAAUCGGGGGGGAAUUACAGCCGUCACCGUGCCCAGACUGAGAAGCAUGUUGUCCUCUGUGUCAGUUCCCUCAAGAUCGACCUCCUCAUGGACUUCCUCAAUGAGUUCUACGCUCAUCCCCGGCUACAGGAUUACUACGUCGUGAUCUUGUGCCCAACAGAGAUGGACAUACAGGUCCGGCGAGUCCUUCAGAUUCCUCUCUGGUCACAGCGAGUGAUCUAUCUCCAGGGGUCUGCGCUGAAAGACCAGGACCUCAUGAGAGCCAAAAUGGAUAAUGGAGAGGCCUGCUUCAUUCUCAGCAGUCGAAAUGAGGUGGAUCGCACGGCUGCGGACCAUCAGACCAUCCUGAGAGCCUGGGCAGUAAAAGAUUUUGCCCCCAACUGUCCUCUCUACGUUCAGAUUCUCAAGCCUGAAAAUAAGUUUCACGUCAAGUUUGCUGAUCACGUGGUCUGCGAGGAAGAGUGCAAGUACGCCAUGCUGGCUUUGAACUGCGUCUGUCCGGCAACAUCCACGCUCAUCACCCUCCUGGUUCACACGUCCCGGGGACAGGAAGGCCAGGAGUCCCCUGAGCAAUGGCAACGGAUGUACGGGCGCUGCUCAGGCAAUGAAGUUUAUCACAUCCGGAUGGGGGACAGCAAGUUCUUCAUGGAGUAUGAAGGGAAAAGCUUCACGUACGCUGCCUUCCAUGCACACAAGAAGUACGGCGUCUGCUUGAUAGGCAUCAGGAGGGAAGACAACAAGAGCAUCCUGCUGAACCCCGGGCCACGGCACAUCAUGGCAGCAUCGGACACCUGCUUCUACAUCAACAUCACCAAGGAGGAGAACUCCGCCUUCAUAUUCAAGCAGGAGGAGAAGCAAAAGAAGAAGGGGUUUGCGGGGCGAGGGGCCUACGACGGUACCUCCCGGCUGCCUGUUCACAGCAUCAUCGCAAGCAUGGGAACAGUAGCCAUGGAUCUGCAAAAUACAGAGUGCCGGCCUGUUAACAGCAGCAAGCUGACCCUCCCGGCUGAAAAUGGGUCAGGCACCAGGCGACCUAGCAUUGCCCCAGUGCUCGAGUUAGCUGACAGCUCUUCCCUCCUGCCCUGUGACCUGCUUAGUGACCAGUCGGAAGAUGAGAUGACUCAGUCGGAUGAAGAAGGGCCUAUGGUUGUUGAGUACGUGAAAGGCUACCCACCCAACUCCCCCUACAUUGGGAGCUCUCCCACUUUGUGUCAUCUCUUACCUGAAAAGGCCCCAUUCUGCUGCCUCAGGCUGGACAAGGGUUGCAAGCACAACAGUUUUGAAGAUGCCAAGGCCUAUGGGUUUAAGAACAAGUUGAUUAUAGUCUCAGCAGAGACUGCUGGGAAUGGGCUGUAUAAUUUCAUCGUCCCCCUCCGCGCCUACUACCGGUCCCGGAAGGAGUUAAACCCAAUUGUGCUACUGCUGGAUAACAAGCCAGAUCAUCACUUUUUGGAAGCCAUCUGUUGUUUCCCCAUGGUUUACUACAUGGAAGGCACGAUUGAUAACCUAGACAGUCUGCUGCAGUGUGGCAUCAUUUAUGCUGACAACUUGGUGGUGGUGGAUAAAGAGAGUACCAUGAGCGCCGAGGAAGAUUACAUGGCAGAUGCCAAAACCAUUGUCAACGUCCAAACCAUGUUCAGGCUGUUUCCAAGCCUCAGCAUCAUCACAGAGCUGACCCACCCAUCCAAUAUGAGAUUCAUGCAGUUCCGAGCGAAGGACAGCUACUCCUUGGCCCUUUCCAAACUAGAAAAGAAAGAGCGAGAGAACGGCUCCAACCUGGCAUUCAUGUUCCGGCUCCCGUUUGCCGCCGGCAGGGUGUUCAGUAUCAGCAUGUUGGAUACGCUGCUCUACCAGUCCUUCGUGAAGGACUACAUGAUCACCAUCACAAGGCUGCUGCUGGGCCUCGACACCACGCCAGGCUCAGGCUACCUCUGUGCGAUGAAGAUCACUGAAGAUGACCUGUGGAUCCGGACAUACGGCCGUCUCUUCCAGAAGCUCUGCUCUUCCAGUGCAGAGAUUCCCAUUGGGAUCUACAGGACCGAAUCACACAUGUUUGCAACCUCCGAGCCUCAUGACAUCAGAGCGCAGUCACAGAUCUCAAUCAAUGUUGAGGAUUGCGAGGAUACCAAAGAUGUCAAGGAGCACUGGAGCAUCAAGACGAGCCAUCACAGGAACUCCUGCUCCAGCGACCAGUCUGAGCACCCCUUGCUACGGCGCAAAAGCAUGCAGUGGGCCCGCCGGCUGAGCAGGAAAGGAAACAAGCACACGAGCAAGACAGCCGAGUGGAUCAGCCAGCAGAGACUGAGUCUGUACAGGAGGUCGGAAAGGCAGGAGCUUUCGGAGCUCGUCAAAAACCGGAUGAAACACCUGGGUUUGCCCACCACGGGGUACGAGGAUGUAGCAAAUUUAACAGCCAGUGAUGUGAUGAAUCGGGUAAACCUUGGAUAUUUGCAAGAUGAAAUGAAUGACCACCAGAACACGCUGUCCUAUGUCCUAAUCAAUCCACCUCCGGACACGCGCCUGGAACUCAAUGAUAUCGUGUAUUUAAUACGCUCUGACCCUCUAGCGCAUGUAUCCAAUGACACGCACAGUCGGAAAAGCAGCUGCAGUAACAAGCUGGAUUCCUGCAAUCCUGAAACCAGAGAUGAAACGCAGCUCUGAAUGACCUUUGCACUGAACACGUGUCUUCUCCUCCUCAUAUUGCUAAUGCAUGGGAUUGUAAGAGAACUGACUGUAAACCAAACCCAGGGGGAAGGGUCUUUGCGGGAACAUGCACGCCAGGUGGAAGUCUGUACAGGAAUCGAGAAGCAAAGAUCAACUGUCAGCGGUUCCUGGCAGUUUACUCCUCCGUUCACAUUGCACUAUGGAAAUGUCAUUCCCAACCUGGAUUCAAGCUGCUUAGAAAUGCCUUGGAAAGGAAGCUCCUAGAACAUGGGUGUUAAAGUUCAGGCGGCCAAGGAAAAGGCUGGCAGUCGCAUCCGUCUUUUUGUUUCUAACUUUUUAUAUGCACUGCAACUAGUGAGACGGUCUUUGGUGACACUGGCAGAAGCAGCCCAAACUGAGAUCAUAUGAGUCAAGCCUGGUUUACAAGAAGGAUCAUGCUGGAAAAUGUCCCUGAUACCAUGCAAAUUGCUCUACCCCCCAACCCCCAGUCAACCGGGGAAGUGCCAAUGCAAGAGAGAAAAAAUGAUCCUGUAAUCUUCUUUCUGUUUCUGGUGGGAUCCCCUGCCUGAUGGGCCACCCUACCUUAUUGUCUCACAUUGAUGUUCUUAGUGUGCUUCAGCAUUUGUAGGCCUACUGCCAUUUGCUAGCAUGGGGAAGGGAGUCCGACAGAAGAGCGAUCCAGGGAGAAAUAGAGACCAAGUUAUUUGUGGCCAGUGAUGGAGAGCUGCUCAGGGUGGGGCGCAGAACGCCUUGAUCUUGGAGGGGUGAUGGGAGCGUGCGGUUUGUCCUUAGGAGCUGGACUCAGCACCUUGCCCAUCUCUUGAAACUGCAGCAUCCUGUGCUUAUGUGUGUCACGUCCUGUCCAAAGGAUGUGCUGACUCCAGCAUUUCCUUUAACAUGUCAUAAACCAACUAAAGGGGGACCAAAAGUCAUGGCAUCUUCCAUGCGCACUUGGCGAUUAUGUGUGUCCAUAUCGCUGCAGAAACAUUGGCUCAGCUUCCUAUUGUUGUUGGGCCCCCCCCGGAUAAUAUCCACACACAGACUUUGGCCUAUGGUGAAAGUAUUUGGUACCUCCUCUGGCUUGCAUGCUAGAUACUAUCAGCUGGCAACUGCCCUAUCUUAGCCAUUCCUCUCAGAGGGUUGAAGAUCCCUUCUAUCAUGGAGAUUGAAAUGCAAACAAGGAUCCAGGAUUAGCAUGAAGGGUAAGCUAAUUGAUGAGUCCCAUAUCACCAGAUGGGCAGGGACAGAGAAUAGGGAUAGCUUGGCUGUGUUGCAUGCUUUUGUCAUUGAUACAGGGCUGAAUCUAGGGUGGUCCUGCACAUCAAUUCUGAAAAAACUGAUUUAAAGGU